AGGACUCGGAAGCCAUCGAAUCCCUAAUUCCCCACAAUCUCUUCCGACCGCCCUCCGCCGCCUCCCCGAUCCGUCUUCUUCGUCGGCGCCGGCGCCCUCUCCGUCUUCCCCGAUGCCGGACCCCCAGUUAGACCCUCCGCCGCCUUUCUUCUUCUUACCCAUGUCUUCUUCGUCGGCGGCCAAUCCCGAUUCCCCGUGGGCUUUCAUCGUCACACCCAUAUUUCGCCCUCCCCGAACCGUGUCUUCUGCGUCGGCGCCCUAUCCCUCUUCCGCGAUGCCCGACCUCCAGUUACGCCCUCCGCCGCCUUGCCCCUUCACACCCAUACUACCUCGCCCUGCGUCGCCCCGAACCAUGUCUUCUUCGUCUGGCCCUUCGCCACGUCCCCCAACAAUGUCUUCUUUCUCUCGCCCUGCGCCACCUCCCCCAACAAUGCCUUCUUCCUCUCGCCCUGCGCCACCUCCCCCAACCAUGUUUCGCCGUGUGCCGCCUCCACGAACCAUGCUGCCGCUUCCCCACCCUCAGCCGCCUGUCCUCUCCACAUCCAUGUCUUCUUCGUCAGAGCGCUCUCGCCAGUCCGCCGUGCCGGGCCCCCUUCCCCUGCGUCUCCGCAGUCCCGAGAUCCUCUUAGAACCCAAGUGUUGUAUCAGUGAAUGCCAGUACUCAAAUUCUGUUAAAACCGAGAGUAGCCAGGGCCUCUCCCUCGAGGUGUCCUUCCAAUUCCGUGAUCCGCCGGCCCUCUCGCGCUGCUUCGUUCGCUGCUACGACCUGACUGGGAGCCAGCGUUUGGCCGAAGGGCCUCGUGUCGUCUGUGCGGCAGGAGGGCAGGGCCAGGUUCUCCAUCCAUCCACCUUCUCCCUAGGCCCUACCCAACUGAUUAUCAGCUGGAUAUGGUUGCCGUCUUACCCAUCUGCGAUGGCAGCGACGACUAUGCUGUGGUGUUUCCCGUCGUAGACUACUUCAUGCUUGAGGAUCGCAACCAUUACACUCUGCAUAUCUACCGCUCCGACAGGAAAGCUUGGCGCUCCCAGGUGGCCUGCAUUGCUGAGAAAGAAACAGAAGAUGCCAGGCAUAAGUUUGUAGUAAAUGAUACCACAAGUGUGGUAUAUGCAGGAAAUGGGCUGAUAGGCUGGAUUAAUCUCUGCUCGGGGGUUGUUAUAUGCAAUGUGUUGGAUAAGAAGCCUACUAUAAGCUUCGUCCCAGUGCCAGUGCCCGAUCAGUUCCGCAGGAAGUUUGACGAGUUCAACAUCCGGCCAUAUCGAGAUAUGACUAUAUACAAUGGUGUAAUCAAGUUCUUCGAGCUCAAGUAUCACAGAGAUCCCGCCUUCAACGUGAAGCGAAGGGACGAUGAAGGUUGGAUGGCUACCAUAUGGACCAGACCCAUCUCUUCAGAUGCUUGGAAUGAAGGCCUCACGUUUGAUACAUCCGACAUAGUGGUCACCGACCCGGGUUUCCGGCAUCUGCUGCCUGAGAUGGUGAAUGAGGAGAAUAAGCUCAAAUUGGAGAAACUUAUGAGCGGUGGCCCCACCCUGAGCCUGAAUGAUGACCAUACCGUUUACAUCCUCGCCAAGAUGAGCUUGUUCGAUCCAUCAGCGUUUGUGCUUGCUCUCAACACCAGAAGUUUGACGCUUGAAUCCUGUGCACCAUGCCGUGGUGAAAAUAUACUAGGGUUUGAACCGAAUUAUGUUCCUUUCGCUCUAUUUAGCUAAUUGGCUACAUCGACUACAUGAAGUCCAACUUUAUGUUAGCUAGGAACCAUGCAACUUUGUAAAAUAUCUUGGUGAUAAUUUUUGUUUUUGCGCUUAAUUCUGAAAAAGGUAGCAGCAACUUCAAAACAUAA